AUGCUAGAGGACAUUGGCGAUUCUGUGAUGAGCGAUAAUGGCAGUGUCGAAGGAGGGCUGGCGCUUACGGACCGUCCUGUCCUGUCCACGCUAGAUUCCGCCGACCACUACAUGGCAUUCCUGCAAGUCAGCGAUGGGCACUGCGGGUUGUGUCUUGUUCGCACCUUGGCUCAAGGGGGGAGAGGCACCUCACCAGAUAUGGCUCACGACUGGCAGACGUGCCCUAACCUAUCAACGGAGGAUGCCCGACAGGAGUUCCAUGCCUUCCGGGCCAACAUCAAGUAUGCACGCGGCCAUGGGGUCUGCUGGGUCUGCCACAUUGCUCCGGCAGGCCCUAAUAUGCUUCACAACAACCCACCACUGGAGCUGCACCCGUACAGGCGUGUCGGCCUGAUGAUGGCGUGGGGUAUAUUCUCGGACCUACAGCUGAAGCCAGAGGCAUAUCGUGACCUAGUCGAGUCCUCUGCCUGUCCUGCAGCGCGUAAACACAGUUGGGACACUGUGCGCGAGUUUGCGGAGUGGAUCGCGGACCAGGAUGCGACGGGGGAGCCAACAAGCGUCAUGGCAGUGAUGAACUUUGUACGCAGAAAGUAUAUGUAG